AGUACAGGUCGGGCGGCACAGACGCUACCUGAUGUGCGUCUCGUGCCCACUUCGCACAGCGCAUGCGCACACAUGCGCAGCGUGCAUUGGGCAGGGGUGCAGACUGGGCAGUGACACCUCCGUUCUGUAAAAGGAUGUGGAGAUGGAGACCUGUAUGACCUCUGGUGAGGGGACAUCAAGCUUUUUGGGACGCAUCAUCAUUGUGAACGAAGACAAUGGUGGAUUCCAGACAUCUCUUAAAGAAGAACCUAAGGAUGAAUAUUACCUCUGUGGAGAAACUUCAGACUCUGUGGACCAACAAAAUGAAGAAUUCCAGAUUAAACUUAUAAAAGAGGAAGAAGAUGAAGCUGAAGAUGAUGCCGAAGAUGAAGACUACCUCUACUGCGAGAUUUGCAGAUCUUUCUUCAUCAAUAAGUGUGAGCUUCACGGUCCACCACUCUUCAUCCCUGAUACGCCUGUUCUUAUCGGGGUUUGGGACCGAGCCAGACAAACCCUUCCACCAUUUCUGGAAAUUCGGAAGUCUGAUAUUCCAGACGCAGGUCUGGGAGUAUUUAAUACAGGGGGCACGGUUCCAGUAGGUGUGCACUUUGGGCCGUAUGAGGGAGAGCUGGUGGACCGAGAGGAAGCCAUGAACAGCGGCUACUCCUGGGUGAUAUCUCACCAUGUUUUACAGAUAUCCACCAGGAGACAGUGUGAGCAGUACAUUGACGCCAAGAGAGAGAUACACGCUAACUGGAUGAGGUAUGUGAAUUGUGCUCGUAAUGAUGAAGAACAGAAUUUGGUGGCUUUUCAGUAUCGAGGGGGAAUUUUCUACCGUUGCUCUCGACCCAUUGAACCAGGACAGGAGCUGUUGCUGUGGUAUGAAGAGGAAUACGCCAAAGAUCUCAGCAUCGCGUUUCACUACCUCUGGAAGAAAAAGUGCUUUGCAAAUGGAAUGAACAGCACUCAAGUGUUCUCCUGCUCUUUGUGUCCAGCGUCCUACACUUCUCAAGUUUACUUUCACAAACAUGUCAGAAGAUGCCACUAUGAGGAGUAUUUGAGACUGCUGAAUUCAGGAGAGAUUAAAUUUGAGACUCUGAUGCCCACAAGAAACUCCAGUAGUCAGCAGACAUCCUCUGGUUCUCUGGGCACUAACACCUCUCAUGAACAAAAGCAGCAAGAACUCCAUCACUGCUCGGAUUGUGGGAAAAGUUUUCCUCAGCUGAGUAUUCUCCAGUUACACCAGUGCAUUCCCACAGGGAAAAAAAUGCAUCAGUGUUCAUCGUGUGGAAAGAGUUUUAGUAACAAAGGAACUCUCAUAAGACACGAGCGCAUUCACACCGGAGAGAAGCCGUUCCACUGCGCACAGUGUGGGAGGAGUUUUACUCAAAAAAGUCACCUCCAAACACAUGAGCGCAUUCACACUGGAGAAAAACCAUUCCAGUGCUCACACUGUGGGAAGAGUUUUAAUCACCAGAGUCAUCUCCAACAACAUCAACGCAUCCACACCGGAGAGCGGCCAUACCAGUGCUCGCAGUGUGGUCGAGGUUUUACUCACCUCGGUCACCUCCAACAACACCAGCGCACUCACACUGGAGAAAAACCGUUUCAGUGCUCAGAAUGUGGGAAAAGUUUUAAUCACCAGAAUAAUCUCCAAACUCACCAGCGCAUUCACACGGGUGAGAAACCGUAUCACUGCACGCUGUGUGGUAAAAGUUUCAUUCACCAGAGCCACCUCCAGUUCCACCAGCACAUCCACACCGGAGAGAAGCCGUUUCAAUGCUCAGUGUGUGGAAAAUGUUUUAAUCGAGCAAGUCAUCUUCAACAACACCAGCGCACUCACACAGGCGAGAAACCCUAUCAGUGCUCUGUGUGCGGGAAACGUUUUACACGGAACACUCAUCUGCAAAAACACCAGCGCAAACACACGUCAGAGACUGCAUAUUAAUGCUGCAGCACGGAUGCAGUUUCACUUAUUCAAGAACGAGCACUCACAUGCAGCCGUCAGGCUGAGUACAUAAAUACAUCAAAUCCAGAAAUGGGAUUUUAUCAUCACUGUUUUUCCAGAUUAAUGUGGUAAAUGAUGUAAAGCAUGUUUGUGUUGUGUAAUUGUAGGUUUAGACAUCCUGUUGACCAAAAAAAAACACUUCAAUUUAUACAGUCUUGCUUAAUGUCUAUUCUGUUUCAUGUUUUAGAGGACACUGGCACUUGAUCCUGCCUACGUGAGAAACGUGUAUUUACAUGCAUCAUCAACAAUCUGACAAUCCAAAUGAACACGACAGUGUACCUAGUGAUAAAUUUAGCACCAUGUGAGAAACACAACAGUUCUGCUAAUGUAUUCUAGAGGUGCCCAGUCUUAUCCACAAAGGGACAGUGUGGUUCUAGGUUAAAAUAAAAAUCUGCGGUCACAACAGCACUCCUUUUGUGGCUAAAACAACAGCGUGUCCUCAGAUCUCCUGACAGUGACAGUGACAACGGUGGAAAAAUAAACUGCAAGUCUGCUGAACAUCAUGGAAGAAGUUUCUUAAAUAUCAGGUCCUUCUCCAUAUUUAUCAAACUUAAUAGAAAGCAAUGAGAAUAAUUUUAGGCUCUUAUUUAACACAAUAUCUAAAUUAAAAAAUGAUUGGAUAUAUAUGAUUCUCAGAUUCCUCCAGAGGUCAGCAGCAAUCAUUUCUCCGUAUUCUCCAAAAGAAAAGAGAGAUCAUCAGGGCUAAAAUUCAAUAAUCCACUGUGACCUACUCAUUCCUCUAAUGAUAAUCCUCAGUGAUUUUAAUCCUACAGACUAUAAAUCAGUUUUACAGCAUCACGGUACAGAAUCAGUGCUAGAAAAAGUGGUCAGUGAGCUUCUGCUUACCUCAGAGCAUGGUUCACUUUUUAACAUUACUCACAGUGAUAUUUUUACUGGAACGCUUUGAAAGCACAGUCAGUCUAGUGACCGUCUGGUUUAGCUCUUAUUAGACAGUUUUGUUGACAGUGGAGUGUCUGGACGCUUUAUGUUCCAGGGUGUUCUCAUGUGUUCUGGUUCUCCUGUUUAGUUAUUAUUUUUCAGUCUGGUUCCUCUCAAGGUUUCCUCCUCAUGUCAGCUCUGACCUGUGAAGCUGCUUUGUGACACUGUCUGUUGUUAAUAGCGCUAUAUAAAUAAAACGGAAUGUCAUUUAAUUGUAUUAAAUUAAAAUUCAAAUUAAAAAUGUACUUUCUAUAA